AAUUUAAUUGUUAAAGCUCAUCGCAAUUCGUUAAAAACACACGAGUUCUUAUAGUUUUCUUUAUCAAUUUUAGUGCUUAGAGUCGUAAAAUGAUAACAGCACGAAUUGUUUAUAAACUCAAACCUUUGUUUUGUUUUAAGCAUUCCAAUCAAAACUGUCUCAAAAGUGAAAGGUACCAAAAAUUAUCAAUCAACAAUAAUGGAUACAUGGAUCCCAUACUCAUCAAGCAUUGAUCGUUCAUCCUUGGUUUUUGUCGGAACUGACUAUGAUGGAUCACCAAUGUAUGUUGGUCGUGCUCAUCAUUCAGGAGAUUUAAUUCCUGGAAAAUUACUUUCAAGCACUCAUCGCUGUCAUGUUCCAUACGAUGGACAUGAAUUUUCACUUGAAAUUUCUGAAGUGCUUUUCAACAACAACAACAACUACGCUUGGGUAGCCAGCUCAAAUGGAAAUAUUCCACCAAAUGCUGUUCCAGGUGGUCAAACAUCAAGCGGAGAAAUUUUAUAUGUUGGACGUGCAACGCAUAAUGGACUUGUAACUCCUGGAAAAAUUCAUCCAUCACAUCGAUGCUUGUAUUUGCCAUUUGGAUGGAAGGAACAUAGCUAUUCAAACUAUGAAGUUCUUGUUAAACAAUCGCAUAACUGUGUUCCUCCUCCAAUUGCUGUAUGUCCACCAAUUCAUCCUCCAUUUUUUCCACCAAAAAAUCCACCUUGCAAUUGUCAUAAUAGACCACAUCAUGGUAACCCAUUAUGUCAUUGUAGACCAGUAAGUCCUUCUCCAAUUGCUGUGUGUCCCCCACCGAUUCAACUUCCUGUCUGUCCACCAUUUAGACCAAAUCAUCAUCAUGGUCAUCACGGACAUAAACAUAGAAAGUGCUAGUUUACGUGAAUAAACUGUUUUUAAUUUUUAAACGACAAUGACCAAAUUUGAGAUACCCAAAUAAAAUAUUAAUCUACUUAAAAUCAACGCUUUCCUUUUGCCUAAAUUACUCAGAAACAAAAUGUCCUCGAAGUCUUUCAUUUAUUGCUGUAAUUAC